GUAAUGGACCCUUGUUGGCUGCUACACUCAUUUCUCCAGUGUUUCUUUGCCCAACAGACUGCUCCUCUCAUUCUUACAGGCAUUAUGGAGGGAUAGCACAUAUAAGAUGAAAUACGAAGCAGCAGCUUUGAAACCUGAGCACCUGAACUCGGCAGCCUCAACCCAACUCGGCUUAACUCAGCCUCACUGAACCCAAUCUGAGACUCUGCUCACUGGGCUUGCUACAGCACUCCGAUCCUAGAACCCUCUUCAAUUCCAGCUAGAAUGUUGUAUCAGGCACUUCGCAGAUUUGGUCAAAAGCUGGUACGGAGACAUACCCUGGAGCAAUACGUGGCUAAGAUUUCCACUGCUGGAAGGCUGAGCACUCUGGAUAUAGUGGCCUUGGGUGUGGUCAACACAGUGGGUGCAGGUGUGUAUGUCCUGGCUGGUGAGGUAGCCAGUGAUAAAGCAGGACCAUCCAUUGUGAUCUGCUUUUUGGUGGCCGCCCUGUCUUCUGUGUUGACUGCUCUGUGCUAUGCAGAGUUUAGCGCCCGGGUCCCCCAUUCUGCUUCUGCAUAUCUGUACAACUAUGUCACUGUAGGUGAACUCUGGGCUUUCAUCACUGGCUGGAACCUCAUCCUCUCCUAUGUUACUGGUGCAGCCAGUGUGGCCCGGGCCUGGAGCUUAGCUUUUGACAACCUGAUUGGGAACCAGAUCUCUCAGACCUUGCAUGAGAGCAUCCCACUGAAUAUUCCCCAUGUCUUUGCAGAAUAUCCAGACUUCUUUGCCAUGGGCCUGAUGUUGUUGUUCACCGGACUGCUGGCUGUCAGGGCUAGUGAGUUUGUCUUGGUUACUACAGUGUUCACAGUGGUGAAUGUUUUGGUUCUUGGUUUUGUCAUCAUCUCUGGCUUCCUUAAGGGGAAACUGCACAACUGGCAGCUUACGGAAGAGGACUACAUAAUGACCAUGUUUAGACUCAAUGACACUUCUCCCUUGGGCCCUCUGGGCUAUGGAGGAUUUGUGCCUUUCGGUUUCCAGGGGAUUCUCCGUGGAGCAGCGACCUGUUUCUAUGCAUUUACUGGUUUCGACAGUGUUGUUACCAUUGCCGAAGAAGCCCAAAAUCUCCAGCGUUCUGUCCCCAUGGGCAUUGUGAUUUCAGUGUUCAUCUGCUUUUUGGUGUAUUUUGGGGUCUCUUCAGCACUUACACUUAUGGUGCCUUACUACCAGCUUCAACCUGGGAGCCCCUUGCCUGAGGCAUUUCUCCAUAUUGGCUGGGCCCCUGCCCGCUAUGUCGUGGCUAUUGGAGCCCUCUGUGCUCUUUCUGCCAGCAUCUUGGACUCUAUGUUUCUCCUUCGUUGGAUGACCUUCGUGAUGGCAGAUGAUGGCCUCCUGUUCGGUGUCCUUGCCAGGAUAGACUCCAAAACAAGCAUCCCCAUUGUGGCCACUGUGGUCUCGGGCAUUAUCACAGCGUUGAUGACAUCCUUCUUUAGACUCACUGAUCUUGUGGACCUCAUGUCAUUUGGGACCCUGCUUACUUACUCCCUGGUGGCUAUUUGUAUUCUCAUUGUCAGGUAUCAGCCUGAAUUGAAUGAUGAAGAAAAUGAAGCAGAGGCACAGGAGGAGAAUGGGCCUGCAGCAGAGAAGCUGACUCUGUGGAGACUAUUUUGUCCAGGCAGCUCCACCCCCACUCCACUCUCUGGCCGGGUUGUCUACGUUUGCUUCUCACUGCUUGCUCUGCUCCUCCUUCUUCUUUGCUUGGUGCUGGUCCAGUGGCCAGUUCUACUGCUUUUUGAAAACCCACUGUUGAUUAUAGUGGUUGUGCUACUCCUGAUUCUCAUCACUGGGAUCACUGGGGUCAUCUGGAGACAGCCACAGAGCCCCACUCUCCUUUACUUUAAGGUCCCUGCUCUGCCUUUCCUCCCAAUAAUGAGCGUCUUUAUGAAUGUUUACCUUAUGAUGCAGCUGACACUUGGCACCUGGGCCCUCUUUGGUGUCUGGAUGUUGAUUGGGUUUGCUAUCUACUUUGGCUAUGGGAUCCACCAUGCAUGCAGGAUUAACCCCACUUGAGUUAGGACCAGAAUUGUGGACCUUGAACUCUGCAGUGCCUGUACAUAUUCGAUUUUACAUCAUCACACCUGGAUGCUGUCUGGUUUCCUUGCACAAUAAUGGAGGGUACUUUGGAGCACAACAUCCAUGGGAUAUUGAUGGGGAAACACUAAUAGAGCUCUGUAUGUAUUGUGAAGGAUGUGUCUUUGCUCUUUCUCGUCUUUAAAAACAGGUUUUUUUUUUUUAACUUAUCUGCUUUUCAAUUGUGUCUGUAACUGUU